AGGCUUUUGGCAUUUUUAAACUUUACUCUAGUGGAGGGUUUCAAUGAGUAAAAGCUAAAAGGCUGCUUUUGUAGAAAGCACUUUCUAGCAAACAUGGUAGACUUUAAACUCCAGCUCACAACUAAAACUCAAACUCUGGGGAAUCUAGAGAACGCAGCUAACUGCAUGCAAAUUGUCUUGCAGAGUGCAACAAAUGUAGAUGUAUCUGUCUGUCAAUUUUGCUUGCUGACUUGAUUUUUUUGUAAAAAGAGGUCAUGAGCUAACAUAGGCUUUGUUUCUUUAGUAAGAUUAAAACAUUUAAGUGCCAAGGAAAAAAUAUUCAUAAAAAUGCAUCAGUAAUUUGAUACUGGUGUAGUUUUCAUGCAUUCUGGUAAUGUGAAAGUACUUUAAAAUACAAGAAGUAUACCUCAUGAAAUCUGUAGUCUUUAUUGCUGGUUUAAAUGAGCAAACUGGUUAUUCUUUGGAGUGACAAAGCAAGUUUUUAUACACGAUUGCUUCUGUUAACGGCCUUCUCCUGCUAGUUUUUCAGGUCACGCAGGAAUCAAGACAAACAGGAAACAUACCACAGAACAGAGUCCCCUCCCUGUUGCCUUUCCCAUACCUGAGGAGCAAAACAAAGCAAAACCCAACCAGCAGCAUUUACAGACAACUGAAAGCUGGAAGUAAAAAUGAUCUUAAACUCAACUGGAGGUUGAUUUUGAUGUUUUUUUUUUUUUUUAACUUUAAAUACAGACUUUAUUUUCUGAAAACAUGAAGACUCAGAUCGUUGGUGCGUGUUUGGCAAUCCUCGGUUUUCUUGGCACCAUCCUCAUCUGUGCGCUGCCCAUGUGGAAGGUGUCGGCAUUUAUACAGUCAAACAUCAUCACUGCUCAGGUGUUUUGGGAAGGCUUAUGGAUGAACUGUGUGUUCCAGAGCACGGGUCAGUCACAAUGCAAAAACUAUGACUCGGUUUUGGCUUUACCACAAGAGCUGCAAGCCUCCAGGGCUCUGAUCUGCGUGUCUAUUGCUGUCAGUGUGGUGGCCAUCGGGCUCACAGUGGUUGGAGCUCGAUGCACUUCUUUCUUUGAUUAUGACCAAUUGACCAAAUCCAAUGCCGGCAUUGCAGGAGGUGUGGUGUUUAUUAUAGCAGGGAUCGUGUGUAUUAUUCCUGUCAGCUGGUCAGCUUACAGCAUCAUCACAGGGUUUUAUAAUCCUGUGGCCACAACAGGAAGUCAAGGAGAGCUGGGAGCUUCUAUAUAUUUGGGAUGGGUAUCUGGAGCACUCCUCGUCAUUGGAGGAAUUACUUUGUGCACCACCUACAGAUGCUGUAGAGGAUGAGAGAACAUGCUGUAGAACAUCCGAUACAUGCUGCAGUUAACAGUUCACAAGACAAUGUGUUCACUCUCAAAGACUUUUUUGUUUUGGGCUUUGAACUUCUAUUUUCAUCAUUUUUGUCACCCUGUAAUUGCACUAUAUUGAAAUUUUACAACAAAUCAUAAUGAAAUGUGACACGUUAAAAUAGUAAAUUGUAUUUUAAUUAUUUUUAAAGAGCUACAAGGAAAAUGAAGUCUGUUUGAGCUACUCUUGGAUUGUAUGUAUGUUGCAUAUGAUAAUACAAAAUGUUUACUGAAAAAAAUGUCCGGUAUGCUGUGUAGAGCACAUCCA